UUUUUAAAAAUUAAAUUUUUAUUUUGAGAUCACUGUUUGUGUUCAUUUGUAAGAAACAAGAGAGAUUCUGUGUACCCUUUACCCAUUCCUCCAUGUUGCAAAACUAGCACAGUAUCACCGCCACGGUAGACGCAGUGAGGCCAUAAGACAUUUCCAUCAGCAAAAGGGUCACUUCUUGUGCCCCUUUAGAACCACACCCACCCUUGCCUUCCAACUAUUAAUGCUGGCAGGACUUAGCCAGACCGCAAGGGCGCCUACUCCGAACAAGGAAGAGGGUCAGGCGCUGGGAGGGCGACUGCAAGCGGACAGGCAGCACCUGCGACCACGGUACUCGGGGACACCACAAAAGUCCGCAGAGCAGGCACCGCGGCACUUCCGCGAGCGCCGCAGGCCCUGCCCCUUUCGCCGUCGCCGACCAAUUGCCGCCCGAAGACCGAGCCGCUUCAGCGGAGGGCCGGAAGUGAGCCGCAGCUUUUCCUUUCUGCCGCCGCCUUGUCCAAGAUGGCGGACCUCCACCGCCAGCUGCAGGAGUACCUGGCGCAGGGGAAAGCUGGCGGCCCAGCGGCCGCGGAGCCGCUGCUCGCCGCGGAGAAGGCGGAGGAGCCCGGGGACGGGCCGGCGGGGGAGUGGCUGGGCCGCGCGGGCCUGCGCUGGACGUGGGCGCGGAGCCCCGCGGAGUCGGCAGCGGCCAGCCUGGCGUGCCUCCCGAGCGUGACGCGCGGGCAGCGGCUGGCGGCGGGCGGCGGGUGCCUGCUGCUGGCUGCACUGUGUUUCGGCCUAGCCGCGCUCUACGCACCGGUGUUGCUGCUGCGCGCGCGCAAGUUCGCGCUGCUCUGGUCACUGGGCUCGGCGCUGGCGUUGGCGGGAAGCGCGCUGCUGCGGGGCGGCGCGGCGUGCGGGCGCCUGCUGCGCUGCGAAGAAGCGCCGUCCCGGCCCGCGCUGCUCUACAUGGCAGCGCUGGGCGCCACGCUGUUCGCCGCGCUGGGCCUUCGCAGCACGCUGCUCACGGUGCUGGGCGCGGGCGCGCAGGUGGCCGCGCUGCUGGCCGCGCUGGUUGGGCUGCUGCCCUGGGGCGGCGGCACCGCGCUGCGCCUCGCACUGGGUCGCCUGGGCCGCGGCGCCGGCCUCGCCAAGGUGCUGCCCGUGUGAGGACCUCGCGCCCUCGCCGCUGGGGAAGUACGCGGAGCCAGCGCCGUCGGAGACCGCGCCGGCCGAGCCGAGGACUGCACGCCGCUGUACCGACGCCCGUGGCGAAGGCCCUGCCGCAACAGCCUGCGAGUCUAAUCCGGGAGCGGCUGCUGCCAGCGGAGGCGACAGCAGCGUUGGGAGCUCCUCGAUGUCAGCUUUUUGUGCUGUACUUGGCACACGCUCUGAAAACUGAGAUUUUGUCAUUGAACUGGUGACAGGAUGUGAGACGGUUAUUAGAAGUUGCUUUCGAAGUAACUGUGGUCUUAGGUUCGGCUGAGUAAAGAAAAAGGAUUUGUCUUCGAGUUAGCUGCUCUUGUGAUUUUUCUCAGGCUGUUUUGUCAUUUUAAAAUCCAGUGGUAGAUGUAGCUUAGCGACGGUAGUUUUUUGUUUUGGCUAUACUAAGACUUGGAAAUUAUUCUCUCCAGUGUCAGCGAAUCCAGAAGGGUAUCAGAUUAAACACCGAAUUCAGCCACUGGACUUUUAAAAGUGCUUAAGAUGGUUUAUCUCGGGUUUUUUCUUCAGUUAACAAAAUCAUAAAUAUGGUGCCUUAUAACAUGAAAGGAAAAUUAGUUGUGUAUUUCACGACGAAAGCGACGGACCAAAAGAAAUUUCCUGCCCCAAGCAGCAUGGGAUCCAGGAAGGGGCGCGUAGAUGCUUAACGGUCUCUGCGGAAAUCCUGCAAAUAGAAGAUAAUUCUAGAUCCGGAAUACCUGUAUCUGGUGGAAACCAUGGAUUUCUACAAGCUCGAAUUAUUCCUCAUUGUAUAGUCUGCUUUGUAAACUAGUUUACAAUUUGCAGGCUGAUCUUAAGAUUUUUUUAUAUCUAAUUGCUGCUGCAUUCAUUUUAGGUUCAGCAGUUACUUUUAACUACCUUAAUUUAUUGCCAGAAGGUAUGAGCCUAACAUUCUGAUGAGUCCAGAAAACUACGUUUUGUCAGUAGCAAUACACUAGGAAGUAAAAUAUAUUUAGAAUUUAAACAUUGUGUGCUAGUGGUUCUCGCGCUUGACUGCACAUCAGUUACUUGAAGAGCCACACCUCAGAUCAAUGCAGUCAGAACCUGGGAAGUAGGACCCAGACAUCAGGACCUUUUUAAAGCUCCCCAAGUGAUUCUACGUUCCCCAAGGUUGAGGACCACUUCUUUGUGCAUUGGCUUGCACAAUUUGAAAAUAAUGCUUUUCCUGAGCUGGAUCCCAGUGUUGCCUUAACAGGGUGUCUGUCGUGCCGCAGUAGAGCACUGCUGCUUCCUCCAACCCCAAAAUUUAUGUUCCUAAGUCAGGUCCCUAAGCCCUGUCCCAAGAAGUGACACAAGUGGCCAACAUCCACACUGUAGGCUUGCAGGCUACCUGCCCUGAGAUUUGGUAAAGAACACUGCCUUGUUCCCCAUCAGUAAACAAGGUUACCUACCUCAGGAGGCUGCUUGUGAGAGAGCAAAUGCAGUAUUUUCAGAAUGAUUUAUUUUUUUAAUUGUAAAGACUUGUGCCAUUGGCUGCUCUUUCUAGUCCCCUAAAUUUCUGUUCUAGUUUUAAAUUUCUCUAGAACUUGCAAUAGUUGGGGGUUUUAUAAUGUUUUACAAUGUUUAUUUCUUAAAUAAAAACUUAAAAAUUAAACAUUUCUCAGCUGGUGGCUCACACCUGUAAUCCCAGCAUUUUGGGAGGCCAAGGUGGAAGGAUCGCUUGAGGCCAGGAGUUCAAGACCAGCCUGGGCAACAUAGUUAAACCCCAUCUCCACAGAAAAUCUUUAAAAAAUUUGCCAGAUGUGGUGGCACACAACUGUGAUCCCAGCUACUUGGGGUGGGGCUGAGGUGGGAAGAUCACUUGAGCCCAGGAGGUUGAGGCUGCAGUGAACUGUGAUCGCACCACUGCACCACAGCCUAGGCAACAGCGAGACCUUGUCUCAAAAAUUUUUUCUGAAAUCAGACAUUGAAAAUCUAGUUUUUGUAAGCUUCAAAUCACAACAUCUAGUAUGUAUGCUGACAGUGAUGUUUUUAAAUGCUAUAUUUAAUAAGUAUAAUGUAGAGGUUUAUUGUUUAAAUGAAUUCACUCUCAAAAUGUGAUCUGUCAAGUCCAGUAGAGCUUAAAGGUAAAAUGAAAAUUUUUAAAUGUGAUCUGGUUAUCUGCUUACUGAGAUACUAUGUUUCUAAAGUUAAAGCCCAAAAUAAUGAAAAUUUUUCCACUAGAAUCUCAGGAAAAAAAAAGUCUAAUCUUCAUAUGGGUUUGGUCUCUGGAUCCGGUUUUAGCUUCAUGAAAUUUGAUUACAGUUUCUCUCUCUUUAAGCUAUACCUGUUGGGGGUGAGUGAAGAAAUACCCAUAACCUAAAGCAAUCUUGAGCCUCCUAAUAGCAUGUUUAUGGUGGAGCGCUGAUUAAAUAAGCUGUAAUUUCAAAGUUAAAAAAAAAAAUAGUCUCCAGAUUCUAACACUGAAAAGCAGUGUAUAUGGCUGACAUUUUCUUAUUCCACAGAAAUCAAUUAGCUUUUGCUGUUUUUUACAUUCAUAGAGAACCAGUUAAAUUUUCAUAUCCUGUUAAACUAUAUCAGUAUGCCUCUUCUAAGCAACCAUUGAAACUUCCAGCACCAGCGGCCAGGUACUGUGGCUCAGAUCUGCAAUCCCAGCACUUUGGGAGGCCACAGCAAGUGGACCGCUUGAGCCCGGGAGUUUGAAACCAGCAUAGACAAAGUGGUGAAACUCCAUCUCUACAAAAAACACACACACAAAAAAUUAGCUGGGCAUGGUGGCGUAUGCCUGUAGUCCUAGCUACUAGGGAGGCUGAGGCAGGGUCAAAGCUGAAGUGAGCCGUGAUUGCACCACUGCACUCCUGGCUGGGUGACAGAGCAAGACUCUGUCAAAAAAGGAAAAGAAAAAAAGAAACUUCCAGCACCACUAAAUUUGCCAAAUAAAUUUGACUGAUGCCAAAACUGAAGCUGCCAAUGUAAUGAAAUGUUAAGGUGGCCAUAGGACAGUCCUUUUAAUAAAAGCUUCCAUGUAAAACCAAAAUAAAGGUCAGUAUAGAAAGUAUCAUGGGGUAUAUAACAAACUGAAUUUUUGGCUUCCAAUCCAAACUGGGCUAAAUGGUAUGUUUAUUUCAAACAAGGAAUUUGCCAUGGACAAGAUCUAUCUGGCUUACUGUGAGUUAGAAGUACGCCCUGCCGUAACACUGGUAUUUCCACAUAGUAUGGAAGAGGAAGAGAGGAAAACUUAAUUAAGUGUUGCAAAAUUGUUUGAGGACCUAUUUUGGUCCAUUCCUUAUCAACUCCAUGUGUGAUUUCAAGUUAUCUAAAGGGCAUGUGACUUUAUUUCUGACUAACAUCAAGUUCCUCUCCUCAUCAUAACAAGGCGAUUCAAACCUAGACUGUGAUUCUUAGGAGAUGCUUCCAAGGGGAAGCUCCCUUGUUGGACAGCCAGAAGAUUGCAUUUUCUCUUCAGAGUACAAUUUUCCAUCUGUCAGAGCAUGUCUGAAUAAAAAUUUGAACCUACUACAAACUACAUUAGAAUAA